UUUUUUCUCUCGAUUCCGAUCUUUUGAAAAUCACGUGAUCGGCUCCAAUCCCCGAUCACGUGAUUGGAUCAGGACAUCUCUAAAUCUCAGAGUAUAGUUACAUUUCUUCCGAUCCCACAUUUCAAGGUCUUUCUGUAUGACGUUAUAACAUGAGAGAAUAUUCAAAUGUCUUCGUCCUGAAGCGGCAUCGACCUGUUAGAGAUGAUGUCUCUCAUUUCCCUGCUUCCUUCCUGUUUCAGUACGAGGAGACGGCGGUGAGUCCGACCCAGAAGGUGGACUCCUCUGACGUGCAGCAGUUCUACGAUCUGCUCACUUCCUGCACGGAGGUGGUGAGGGUUUGGGCUCAGAACAUCCCGGGUUUCUCAGAGUUCUGCCUCGAGGACCGGGAGCUGCUGCUCGAGUCGGCCUUCGUCGAACUCUUCAUCCUGAGGCUGGCCUAUCGCUCGGACCCUGACCUGCAGAAGCUGGUGUUCUGCAGCGGAGCGGUGCUUCACAGAGCUCAGUGCGUCCGGGGCUUCGGGGACUGGAUCGACUCCAUUUUAGAGUUCUCUCAGAGCCUUCAUCGCAUGAAGCUCGACGUUUCCUCCUUCUCCUGCCUCACUGCGCUCGUCAUCAUCGCUGGUAAGAGCUGUUUCUAACUAUUUAGUUUAUCAAUCAAAUCAAGACAAAUUCAUCCCUCUCCCAGUCACUGUCAUACCACCUCACCCUUCCUCUGAUACAGGAUUCACGCGAAG